AUGGCCAUGUUCAAGAGCGAUAGUGCCAAGCAAGGAGCAAAAGCAGACGGGGACAAAGAGAAGGAAACCGCACGAGCCGAGGAGAUCCUACGACGAUUAGACGAACUCAACAUAACCGACGUAACUGCCGACCACGUUAUCGAUAUCAUGGCAACCAAGUUCGCAGACUACGAUAGCGACAAGACCGUCGAGUUCAUUGAUAUGGAACAAAAGGCGGCAGCUGGAAUCAUCACCCCAUACGAUCCCAACGUGGAUAUGGUGGGCGCCGAAAAUCGAGGCAAUGUUACAUGCUAUCUAGAUGCGCUCUUGUUCUCCAUGUUUGCCAAGAUCGACGCUUUCGAAUGUAUGCUCAAGAACGACUUUCCAGAAGAAGACAACCGCAACAAACUCGUCAAUCUUUUGCGAAUGUGGGUAAAUAUGCUCAGAGCAGGAAAGUUGGUACACACAGACAUGACCAAACUAAUACAGGACGCGCUGGCCGAUUGUGGCUGGUCAGAUGCCCGGAUGCUGGAGCAACAAGACACCUCUGAGGCCUUUGCUUUUAUCACAGAAACGUUGCAGCUACCAUUGCUUUCUCUACAAGUCGAUCUUUUCCACCAAGGAAAGAAGGACAAAGACGACCACAAAGUUGUGUAUGAGCGUCUCUUGAACCUGGCCAUACCCCCUGAUCCUGAAGAAAAGGGACUCAAACUAGAAGAUUGUCUCGAGGAAUACUUUAAUGCCCAAGUGGAUGUUAAAAGAGAUAGCGAAGAUGGGAAGAAGCUCGGAGUGGAAGAGAAAAGUCGAAGCGACACACCGACACUGAAGCACAGGGAUACAAUUCGAAUCAUAACUGAAGAACGCGGCGAGUCGUCUACACCAACAUCCCCACUACCAAUCACCCCAGUGGAAAGAACACCAACGUUGGAAAAGCCUCCUGUUCUUUCGCUGGUAGAUCCCGAUACCAAGAAUGGCAAUGUUCCUGAUGAAGCAGAAGGCGAGGUUACUGCUAUUGAGUUAGUGCCGAACAAACCCUCGUUGCGAGGAAGGUCAACAAGCGUUAUUCAACGUGUAGUUUUGGAUGAAGAGGGCCGCCCUUCUACCCCCGACACACCAACGAUGCUCCAGAAAGCUAUGCGUAAGGGUUCAACAGUCGUCAAGGCAGUCACUAUUCCCGCCUGGCAAUUCUUCAGACUUAUCCCCUGGCACGCGCUUUCAAGCACAGAGCCUCGAAAUAACACAGAGGUUGCGUUGAAUUUUGAACAACGGCCUGUUGUGGGCAUCUGUCUCAAACGCUACGCCAUGACCGAGUCUGGUCAGCCCAAGCGUCACAACACAUUUAUCGAUAUCCCUGAUAGUUUGCGGCUACCGCAUUUUAUGCUUGCUGAUGAGCCGAAAGCCGAGGAAGAUUUGAACGUUCUUAACACGGACUAUAAGCUCGUCCUCCAGUCCGUUAUCUGCCAUCGAGGAGAUUCGUUACAAAGCGGACAUUAUGUUUCAUUCGCUCGAGUAGCUCCUAAGCUAUUGAAAGACAACCGGCGACAUGAUUUUGACCCACCUCCUGAUUACGAGGAAGCACAAUGGGUCAAGUUCGAUGAUCUUCAGAUAGAGAGCCGGGUCACUUAUGUGGACGACAUCAGAACUGCCCUCAAGGAAGAGAUGCCAUAUCUUUUAUUUUAUCAAGUCAUGCCAAUGGUCGAAGUUGCUCCUCCUUCGGUCGAUGACACGGAGACAGAACCUCCCUCAUACAACGAUUCAAAAGUCAGUAUCGAGUUGCCUCCCACCCCUUCACGAAGCCACCGACUUGGCAGUCUCGAGGAGGGUUAUUUUGACAAUACUCCGACUCUCGAAGACCCCCGUCACCUAUCCAGCAAACCACCAAGCAUUCGACUUUCCAUGGAUGGCGAAAGACCCAGGAGGAGUGAGGAUGGUACAGGGCGUUUCCCAGGAUCACUCAGCAACUCGCGACGCCCUAGUGCUGUCUGGACUGAAUCAGCACCACAUACACCAAACUCUCAUUCCCCAGCUAUAACGCCCAGCGAGGAGCCAACUGCAUCGAGAUUAUCACGUGCAGCAUCUCGCUUCACACUGGUCAAUAGGAGUCGACCAAGCAGCCAGAGUGGGGAGAAUCGCCUGAGCUUCUCGAUGAGCAGGUUAGGAGGAUUAAUGCGGCCUAGUAAAGACCUUACAGCAGAGUCCAAGGACGAGCCUAACGGUAUCGGCAUGUCUUCACCAAACUCAACAGGCGUCCUGACGGCAGAAACAUCCAAGGAGUCUAGAGAGUCAAAGGAGAUUUCAGACAGAACAGAGGUUCCAGCCGAAGUUGAGCCUGAGACCGAGCAACGCCAUCAUCGACAUCACACCCACAAACAUGGCCAUAAACGAGUUAAAUCGAAGGACAAGGUGAAGAACAAGAGCGGCAAUCAGCCCGAACGAGAAUGCACUGUGAUGUAA